AUGAUAAAACCAAUGAAAAUGUUCAUUAGUUCUGAUAAAAUACAUGUAUUAGAUUGAUCUAAAAUAAGAUUGUGCCAAAUCCUCAAAUCUGUGGAUUUGAUAAGUCCUUGACUAUUGAUCGAUCAAACUUUUCAACAUAGCUAGAUCAACCUAUGAUUGAAUCAGCAUAAUAAGAAAUUGGAAUUUUUGGCAUAGUAGGGAUUUAUAAAUUUUUUGGCAAAAAUAACCUACUUUAUAUAUCUGAGGCAAAUUAGGUUUGUAAAAUAAAUGGUUAAAGCAUAUACGAAAUAAUUUCUAUUUCUAAUGUUUUAUAGAAUCACUUUUCUUCUAUUGAAUAAUAAAGCAUUAAAAAUGUUGAAGGAUAUUUUAGUAAAUGCACAUAUUUUUCAUUAAAAUAUGAUUUAACACUACCAUUAUCAUAAUAACACUAACCUGAAUAAAGUGAAAGAAGUAUGAGGUUUUGGUGGAAUUUUCAUGGUUAUAAAAAUUUUUUAGCUUAUAAGAUACCUAAGUGUUGGUGUACUAAGAUUAUAUAAGGAUAUGUUGGUUUAGGAAUUUGUGAAAUAAAAACGCAAUAAAAUUAAUAACUAACAUAUAUUUUGAUUGCUCGUAGAGAAACUCUAAGAGGAGGUACACGAUAUAAUCAUAGAGGAUUAAAUAUUGAAGGAGCUGCAGCAAAUACUGUGGAAACAGAGCAAUUAAUUGAAUAUUAAGAGAAACUUUAUUGUCAUUUGUAGAUCAGAGGAUCAGUUCCAGUAUUUUGGGAAUAAGUAGGGAUUCGUGCAAUUUCAUCAAUAACUUAAAAUACUGAAUAAACUAAGAUGGGUAUAACAAAACAUCUAAUGAAUUUGAAGAAAUAUUUUGGAUCUCUUCUAUUGAUUGAUUUAAUGGCUAUGGAUAAACAAAAUGAAUCAAUAAUUAGUUAAACAUAUAAAGAGUAUUAUAUAUAUUUUAAUACUUAAGAAUGAUUAAUUUAAUUUAAAUACCUUAAGUCCAACAUUAGUAAAUAGAUUUCAAAUAAUAUUGUAAAAAUUAUAAAUUUGAAAAACUUAAUCCUUUAAUUAUUGAAAAUAAAGAGAUUCUAAUUUAAUAAUCUUAUACUAAAUUUUAAAAUGGAAAAUUAUGUAUAUAUUUAUGAUUAUAAAUUAGUGAAUAUUUAGAAUGGAAUUGUAAGAACUAAUUGUUUAGAUUGUUUAGAUAGAACAAAUGUAUUUUAAACAAAAAUAGCCUAUUUUAUUACAAAUCUUAUAUUAAAUGAUCUUGGUAUUAAUAUUCCAAAGGAAUUUAGAUGUGAAACUAUUUUAGAUUUGGUAAAAUAUGUGCACUAAAUUAUAAGUCAGAUUAAGAGAAGGUGCAUGAUUUAAUAAAAUUAAUUAAAAUUUUAUGGGGUGAAAGUGGAGACAAUAUUUCAAGAAUUUAUGCAGGUACUGAUUCUUCAACUACUAAAAUUCAAAAGACUGGAGGCAGUAGUUGGACAGGCAUAAUUGAACAUGGUUUGAAAGGUUUUCAUAGGUAUAAAUAGAAAAUAAGAUAGAUUUUACAAUUAAAAUGUAACAGAUGAAGAGAAGCAGAAUAUAUAUUCAUUCAUAGUUGGAGAGAAUUAAUAAUCAAAUAAAUAAUUUUUGGGAAUAAUUGAAUAAAUGUAAUAAUAAUCUCCAUUUAUUCACAAAAAUCUAUUAUUUAUGGUUAUAGGAUUUGAUGCAAAAGAUUAAACAAUUAAAGAUUUUUUUCAUUUAAUUGAUUCUAGAUAGUAAAAUAAAAUAAAUAAUAUUUUUUAUAGAAUACCAUAAUUCAUUAUAGUAUUAUUUUAGAACAUUGUAAAAAUAUGUUAGCCUUGCAAUUAUAUUAAAGAUUAGUUAUAAUCAUCAAUUAGAUCUUAAUUAGGAUAAUAUGAAUGUGCUUAUGCUAGUUAGAAUGUAAUAUUUAUAAUAUAAAGUAAUAGGAAAAAUAAUAUAGUUUUAUAUUCACUAAAUAAUCUAUUUAAAAUGCAGAUUUUAAAGAUUAUAUUAUUAAGGAAAAUGAAAGAGAAAUUGGAAUUGUUUAAUAUUUUAAUUAUGAAGAUUAACAAUUUCAAAUAAUAAACUUAAAUAUAAAUUGUUAAGAAUUGAUUAUGUAUGAAAAAAGGAUUAUUGAAGAGAUUAAUAAUAAGAAUAAGAAUUCAACUAUUUAAAUUCUUGGUGGAAUUUGUAAUUCACAAAUUAAGAUUGAAGAGUCAAUUGAAGAGUUUUGUAGUAAGAAUAAAAUAGAUCCUAUCUCUAAAUUAUUUUUAGAAGAUGAAAUAUGUGAGUAUUUUUAAAAAUCUUAGAUAUUGAAAAAUUAUCAAGAAGCUAUUAUUAGUUUUUUACCAAGAAAUAGAUUAAAAAGUUGGGCAAACAGAAUUUUAUAUGGACCAUAAGAAGCAUAAGAUGCUUAUAAUAUUUUAGCAUAUGAAGAAUCAAUAAGUAAUGGUAUUAGAUUACUGUUUACAAUUGAUUUAGAAAUGGUUGGAUUAAAAGGAUAGAAGUUAAUAAAUAAUAAUGAGGAAGAAGAUGAUGAUAUAAAAUACUCUUAGCAAUUUUACUAAGUUACAGAUGAUGAUGAUGAUGAUGAUUUUGAAAUUAUUACAUGAC